UUCCUGCUCUACCUGUAUUUUCACUAUACUUUCUGAUACAGUCGGAGAUCGUCGAUAGAUUGAUAAACCUAGCUAGUAGAAACCCAGAUUUGAAUCCGGUGGGCGUUCGUUGUUUCCACCCUACCCAAUUCUAAUCUAGGCGGGCUGUAUUGGAUAGCAAGACAAGGAUUCGUGAGGGAAGUAAUCAGUUCACAUCGCCCGAAGUCUUUAAAUGGAUAGUGGGUGGAGGAGGACGUUGGGGAACGUGAGGUCCUUCUUCGGCAACUUGACCGGAGGUUUAAGGGGAGGUUCCAAUUUGGCAUCGUGGGUCGUCGCCGGAACCCUUGCUUACUAUCUCUGGGUCAAGCCUGCUCAGGAGCUCAAGCGAGAGCAAGAGGAAAGGGCUGCGCUCGCCGCUGCCUCUGAUCGUUAUCGUUACGUUGAGAAACGGAAACCAAUCCCAGAUCCUCAGGAAACUGGAUUGAUAUAUGGUAACAAGAAUAGAACUAAUAAACCUUCCCAGGAAUGACUUGGGAGCGAUUGAUUGCGUCCGCCUGUAAGUUAGUUUUGUUAGAGGGCUAAUCAGCUGAUAAUUUUGUGUUCCUCGAGAGAGUUACAUUUACUUGUGCAAUCUUUACAUUGAACUGCUGCUGCUAUAUAUAUAUAUAUAUAAUAUAUGCAUCCUUCUUGGAAAAUAAAGCUUCAAAAGCAAUGAUAGAAAUUAUAUAAGUCUUUGCUCUUUGUUGAUUCAAUUUUGUACUAUCUCAGAUAAUGUCAAAACACCUUUGUUAUAUAUAU